UUUCCUGUGUGAAGUUUGAGACGUUUGCCAAACAAAUACUAGGUCUGGGGUAUUAAGAGAUUUCACCCUUUGAUUUGUUGUAUUAAAAUACCUUUGCACAUGUGUAAAUACUGUAUAGUAUCAACGGGGGGGGGAGGGGGGUGAACAAUGUUGACGUACAUUCGACUGGGUGUGCUCUGUUUUUAAGAGCCUGGCUUGUUUGUAAAUUGCUGUGGUGGAUUCAAUUUUUUUCCUUUCUUCAGCUCUUAAUUCAGCUUUUAGUUCAGUUAUGGAAAAAGAUGUGAUAUACUCGCAGGUCAAUACUGUCGGUGUGCUUGUGAUGCCUUUUUAAUUUGCCUAUUGUUUGUGAAUUUGUGUAAAGCAAAGCUGAAAUACAAAGUGGGUCAACUCGGAAUUGUCUAUUCUGCCUGUACCGAGCAAUUUUGAAUUCUGGGACAUGAAUAAAACCUCAACACUUAACCAGACCUGAUCCAGGACCACCGUUCACUGCACCACCGCACUGCUUUGACAUCUGCCUGAACUCGGACAUUUCAGCUCAGAAGUAAUGCGUAGUAUGGAUUUAUGACAACUGCAGUUUUCUGUUAGUAUAAAACGGUAAACUGUUUUGAUUAUUGUAACCGCACUACAUGUUAAUGAUCAGUAUGUUACAUACUGAACACAAUUAUUGGGCAGCAUAAAAAUGAGAGGCAGCUUACCCUUUUAUUCAGUAGUAUUGCUGUUACAGUUUCUGGCCACCGGUGGCAGCAAUGAGCAAAAUGCUGCAGAGCUAUACUUGUCAAUAAACAAGUAAGAAACCUGCUGCCAUUUUUUUUUUUUUAAACUGCAAUUGAAGAGCUUUUUCAUGGUGUGGAGUUAAUCUCAUUGUUUCUUUGCACCACUGUAACCUAAUUUCCACAUCUUGUUGGUUAUUAUGAAGAUUGCUUAACAUUCAGUGAGAUCAGAUUGUCAGCAUUCCUCCUGUAAUCAAUCUUAUGAGCCACUCCGCUCCUGAAAUAUCUUAACUUCCUGGAGAUAUCCAAGCAGGACUGUCAUACCUAAUAGGAGUCCUGGAUCAGGGCUGCUCACCAUACCAUAAUCUGUGUUAGAUGAAGACCAGCUGGAGUCACGCCAGACAAUAAUUCCAAACACACACAACCAUGCAAACAACUUCUUACACUCUUUUGUAUGAACAACUUUUUGCUCUUAUGUAAUUGUAACAUAUUUUGAAGAGAUUAAAUGAAGUUUAUCAAAAGUGGUGUGAAUACCUCUUCUGGUCCUGCACUGCAUCACAGGUAAUUGCUGUAAUUCAAUUCACCUGAUGGCCUGAUCAUUAAAGGAGCUGCUAGCUAAAUUAGCCGUAUUCUCCCAGCGCUUCCAGCCUGUAGUUUAUGUACUGAAGACAUUUUGUCAUGUGGAACCAAGCUUGCAGUCAGUCCCCUGAUGAGACGGCCAGCCAAAAAGCAGUGAAAUUAAAGAGGAAAGCUCAUCAGAUUUUGCCCUGCACAGUGUCUCAGCUGCUGUCUGCCGCUCAAACCAGCCAUGACACCUUUGCAAUCUGUGACCGGGAACUCAACCAGGUGUCCGUAGUGGGCAUCAUCAGAGGCUGGGUUCCCUUUGUGACGAACAUCCAGUUCUCCGUGGAUGACAUGACUGGCCCACCUCUCAACGUGAAGCACUGGGACAGCACUCUGAUGUCCACUUCUCCUGGAACAUAUAUGAAGGUUACUGGAACUCUACGCAGCUCUAAUGAUCAAAGGUCAAUGCUGGCAAUAAAUAUCCGAUGUGUCAAGGACCUGAAUGAGAUCACAUCCCACAUGUUGGAGGUGGUGCAUGCCCAUAUGCGGCUUUUUCGAAAGAAAUUCGAUGUGAAUAUGAAUACCACUGCUGCCUCGCUGCAUAGUGAUGACGAACAUCAUAAAGACGUCUUACCAGAUGGUUUGUCCACCCUCCAGGGUCGGGUGUUGACUGUACUCAGGAGGUUCUCUUACUGCCACACUGGCAUCAGCUUCCAUGAUCUGCAGAAACAGCUGGACUACCUCAGUGUGAGAGACAUCAGAACUUCCUUGACCUCUCUGAUAAAUAACGGGCAUGUCUUCUGUACCAUCGAUGAGCAUCAUUUCAAGUCGACAGAAUAAUGGCGGUCUACCUGGAGGCCUGUGAAACAUCAAUGAUCUCACAGUCCUGGAUUAAAGCCGUAACCCACAUUUUUAUGGUGACAAAAUCAUUAUUUUGGUUAAUUUUUGUUAGUUAUGGCGUAGUGUAGCAGAUAGUAUUGUCUGUCUUAGUCUAAAGAUGCUUAGCUCUGUAUAUUUACACACUAAGACAGAUUUAUUAGUGUAUCAUUUAUUGCCUGUAUGUAGUGACGUAUUGCUCAGGCUUCUUAUGUUUGAUCAUAUACUGUAUAUAUAUUUAAUUUAUUUGUGUUCUGAAUUUGUGGGUACCCUGCAUUUUGAUGCUGUAUAUAAAAUAAUG